UCCUGCAUGCACCGACGCGGUGUUGCAGCCCUCAGGACAUCAGUGCACUGUCAUGGGACAAAUCGAUGCAUAUUGGCCCGGGACUAGCACGGAGACGUCGUGAUCUACACCUGCCACUCAACAGUUGACGAAAUAAAUUAUUUGCAAAACUUCCAACUUGGACUUUCUGCGUUUAUCUUGCAUGAACGAUGAAUUCCAGCACUAGACCAUCACGGUUCCCCUCCAUCCAUAUCCUUCUCUUCCUUGUAGUCCUUCCUGUGGUUUUCUCCUUCUCACGACCCCAGUGGAUUCUUCAGCGUGUCCCUGCGGUCCUCCCACAGCAAAGAGAGAGUCGGCCGGCCCCACGCUUCCUGUCUCAAGCCCGGCUUGAUGUCACCUCCCCCUGUGACCCAGAAUGCCACAAAAGGGCGCCUCUGCCCAGCUACUGGGAUCUACGUCAAUUUCUGGCCUAUGAGACUCUUCACUCUGAUGGUCAACUCACUGAGACCGCCGUUGGGAUCUAUGGAUAUAACCUUGGGUCCAACAAAAGCUCUGCAUACUCCUCUAGGCCUUUUGGGAAAGGCAAACAGUCGCACACCAGACGGAAGCGUCAGAUCUUUGGUCACGACGGGCGCUACAGCAUUGCAGGGCACAACUUUGUGCUUAAAUAUCCUUUUUCAGUGGCUGUCAAACUGUCCACCGGCUGUUCUGGUACUUUGGUCGGGGAUCGGCAUGUUCUAACGGCUGCUCAUUGUGUUCAUGAUGGUAAAAACUAUGUGAAGGGUGCCCAGAGGCUCAGAGUGGGCUUUCUAAAAUUCAAACAACGAGACAUACAGUCUUCGAUUUCUAACUUGACCAACCACGUUGAGGGCGGUCCAAACGACGCCCCAAUAGUGUCUGAGAAAAUGAAGUUCCAAUGGAUCCGAGCCAAGCGCACACAUGUUCCCAAAGGAUGGAUUAAAGGCAAUGCCAAUGACAUUGGGAUGGACUAUGACUACGCUCUUUUAGAACUCAAGAAAGCCCACAAACGGCGUCACAUGAAGUUGGGUGUCACCCCUCCUUCUCGGAGGCUGCCGGGGCGACGGGUGCAUUUCUCAGGAUUCGACAAUGACCGUCCGGGACAGCUGGUGUAUCGUUUCUGUCAGGCCGGAGAGGAGACGUCAGAUCUCCUCUACCAGCACUGCGACGCCCAGCCCGGGGCCAGUGGGUCCGGGGUCUAUGCCCGGAUGUGGGAUGGACGGCGUCGGCGCUGGGAGAGGAAGGUGAUAGGCGUGUUUUCUGGGCACCAGUGGGUGGAGCGCCAAGGCGCGUCUCAGGAAUUUAAUGUAGCUGUGAGAAUCACACCUCUAAAAUAUGCUCAGAUCUGUUACUGGAUUAAAGGCAAUUUUGUGGACUGUCGAGAAGGCUGAGGUAGUACAUUGACCUGUUAGAACCACUCACAGCACUGAAGAAAAAGAUCUCUAAAAAUCACUGAAGGCAACAAAAGUUGCUGAUGCAAAAUUAUUAGUGAACCCCGCUAAUUUGUUUUUAAUGAUUUGACACAGACCCAAAACGUUAGUAUUACUUAUAGACCCAAAAGGGCAGCAAAGCACUUUUCCUAUCUCACAAGGCUAUGGCCUUGAAGCUCCUCCCCUCAGUUCAACACAGUUGCUUGGCCCCAAGGCUUGAGAUUUUCAGCAAUUAUCGGCGGAUAGGUUCCCCCUCAAAAAUCUGCAAAUAAGCGAGUUUGCAAAUGCUUAACUAUUACCAUUGAAAUAUGUAACCAACAUUAGCCAAUUUACCUCCUAAGACACAACAGAGGCAGGCAAGUGGCAAAUGUAUUUGCUUCGAGGGACAAUUAACAGUGGUGCUUUGAGAUAAAAGUGUCCCAACUCACUAUUUUUUUAUUUAAUUUAAUUUUAUUUUUUUUUUAGAUAGAAGUUUUGGGUUUGAUUUACGAGGAAAAAUUGGAGAUGCGAGUGGCAGCGGCAGUCAAUAACAAUGCACAUCCUCUGCGUAGAGACUACUAUUGCUGCCGCUCAGUGAGUCACUUACAGUAGUUGUGAAACUCUUCUAUGUCUAUAAUGCAUGACUGCAUUAUUCUGCCCCCCGGUGGCCAAGUCAGGCACUCCAGGAGCCACAGCAGAUUAAUCAAGAUGCACUGUUUCAUUACUUAGAUUCAUUUAAUCGUGUUAUUCAUGUUUUUAUAAAAGGACAAUGUUAUAGAUGUACUUAUAAAAAAAACACACACACACAUUACAAACCUUUUUGUUGGGAGGUUGGAUCCGAUUGAUUUUUCUAUUCAUUUCAAUAGGAAGAUAAUUUGAGAUUCAAGUUUUUUGAGUUAUCAGCGUUGCGACGGAACCAAUUGAACUCAUCUCUCAAGGCACCACUGUAUGUCCAACCCGUCAGGAAAUCUUAUAAUCCUCUGGAGCGUUGAUUACAAUUAGAAAUUUGCCUGUGGCUCUAAAAACGUAUUGAUAACAGAUGGAUGGAAUAUACAGAAAAUGAACGUCAGGACUGGGAGAGCAGUUUUCUUUCUUUUUAAUGCAAAGUGUGAUUGCACUGUUUGAACUUUUUCUACAGAUCUACUUGUAUUUUUGUGGAUGAAUGUACACGUGAGCUACCAAAGGUGUCAUUUGAUUGUAUCCAAAUAAUUAUAUUCUUUUUAAUGGGCAAGGCAGUUCUUUACAAGCAUGAUGUAUUAUUUCUGCUAAAUCAAAUGUUUGGAAUUCUGAUGGGUUGCUAUUGUGCAGAAGUGUUUUUCCAAAGUUCAGCUUCAGGUGCAUAUUGUCACUAUCCAAAAUCAUACAUCUCAUAAUUAUUUGGACACAAAAAAAAAACCUGAAAAUAUGGAACUGCAGCACACGAUUUUUGUAGGGCAACCGUUUGCUCCCUCUUGUGGGAGUUGCAAGUAUUUUUUUAUUCUUCAAUAACCUUUGUGGAAUUGCAUUAUUGUGUUCGGGAAAUGAAUAACUCUGGCAAAUAAAUGGAAAAAAAGUG